CCCCACCAUACUAUAUAUUGACCUGGUUCGCUGAAUCAUACUAAAACUGUCGAAAAAACAAUCCCACUUGUAACCUUUUAAAAUAUUGUUUCGAAUCUGUGAUUAUGUUAUAAUGGACCUGCUGUUACAAUGAAAUUAACUUGAAAUACGAACGACAGAAUUUUUUGUUAAUUUUGGUGUAUAGUGGUUUAGCACCUUAAUUAAGUUCCUUAGUUCUGGCAAUAUCCUGAUGUCUUGUUUAAUAUUUCCGUUAUCGGUCAUAUUAACAACUACGUUUGUGUUCAAUUUACGAAUCGUUGCAGUUUGCCGUAAACAGUCUUGAAUCAUUUGUUGUCUAAAUUAAUCUGGUCUGUGUAUAUUGGAAAAGCGAAUAUUUAAGAAAUGCGCUUGCCUUCAAAUAUUUUCGCUUAUCAUUCGUCAGAUGUAAACUGGUGUGAACCAGAUUAUGAAGUUUCAUCUUUCACAAUUGAGUUUUGGAACUCGAUUUCAGGCAUACCGAUGAUAGUUUCGUCAUUGAUUAUGAUCAGUUUAAAUGACGAUUACACGCGUUUGGUACCAAACUGCAGGUACGCGAAUGUGGUUUGGUGGCUGCUGGUGGUGACAGGUAUAGGAACUAUAUAUUUUCACGCAACCUUGAGCCUUUUCGGGCAGUUUUUGGACGAGAUUGGAAUAAUAUGGCUAGGAUUUGCUACGGCUGCGAUGUAUGCUGAACCGUCGGUCGUUUUUCUUCCUUCGUUCUUUAACACGAACAGACCAUUGUACCACUUACUAAUGCUGGCAGCUGCUGUUUUGGUCACAUUGCUUUCAUUUGUCGAACCACAGUUGAAUCACGUGUGGUUGUUUCUUUUUACUCUUUCUUUCAGUUUACGGUGGUAUAAAAUGAACGAAGCAAGAGAUGUUAUCAACGAUAAUGAAACCUUCCAAGCUUUGGGAAGAACUAGCCUCGUGUUCUUCGCACUUGCAGUCAUAUGCUGGGUACUUGACAGAGUCUUUUGUCCGUUUAUGCUUUCAAUCCGUUUCCCUUAUCUUCACGCUGUUUGGCACAUUUUGGUUUUAAUUGCUGCAAAUAUGGUUUUCGUGUUUGGCGCCUUUGACUACGCAAACCAAACUGCUUCACGGCAUGAACCGUAUCUCGCGUUUGUACCUUUACUUGGUUCAUAUGUUGGAAUAUGGUACGUCGCUUUUCGCUUGCCAAACCGGAAAAGCACAUGACGGGUUUGCAUUGAAUCCACAAAAAGCAAAUUACAGCAUUCGUUAUUUAAAGCAUGAGUGUUAGUGGGUUUUAGUUCUGCUUCCACGCACAGAUGCGUGAAUAUUGUGUUGACUUAAAUUUUAUUUAAUC